AUGAGUUCCGCAUUGCAAUUAAGCUUCCUUCUGGUCGUUCUUGGAUGCCUCCUGGGAACAGGAUAUUCCCAGAGUGAUGCACAGUUCGCGGCUAAGGGCCGUCAGAUUAUGGCAGUAUUUGGCAAUCCCUCAGUCGAUCAACGCACUCAGGCCCAAAAUCUACCAGCAUUUGUUGAUUUUUAUGAGAAAUACUCCAAUCGGCUUCAACUGACUGCUCAGGACCGACAAAAGGCCGAUAAUUUUGUAAGGAACUAUAGGGCUCGAUCAUCCACGAAGGUCGAUGGUGUUUCGGCCCAAGGAGGAUUCUGGUUGCCCUUUUUGGCUCCCAUUGCUGCUGAAAUUGUGGUAGCCAUCGGCAAGGCCAUUGCUGGUUAAGAAACCAUGACUACUUGCCCAAUUUAAAUAGAGAUAUUUAAAUUAAGCAGGAAGCUGUUUAAGUAAAAAUGAUUGCAAAAUAAAAAAUCUUAGCAAAAA